AUGCGCCAUUGGAUCUCUGGAACGCCACGCGACACUAACCAAGAUUCGGAAUACCGUCCGUGCUCACCCAAUGCAACAGUUCAGCCAAUGCAACACCAGCCGCCCUAUCAAAAUAUCCACCCAUCAUUUUCAACACGUGAUAUCUCCACCACCAUGACAGCUAUCGAAGAAGCGAUUGCAGCAAUUAAUUCGCAAGAUGUAGAAGGUCAACUUUCAUAUCGCGCAGCUAUAAAAAAGUUUAGUGUUAAGCUUAUAAUAUUAACGCGGCGGCACUAA